GUUACCGUCACAACAGAACGACAUCAUCCUCCAUCCUCCAUCAUCAUCGUGUUAUCGUGAGAGCAUCAUGAAGACCUUCUGCUUGACUCUGGGGCUCCUGCUGCUCACCUUCCUCUGCUGUAAUGCUACAUCUCCUGCAGUGGAAAUCAGUACAGUUCCCAGAAUGUGCUGCUUCAGUUUUAGUAAGGCAAAAUUUCCUCUGAAACGUGUGACUGACAUACGGAUGACUCACAGCUCCUGUUCACACAAGGCAUUCAUAGUUACAAGUGUUUUGGGACGAAAGAUCUGCUACAAACAGGACAUGGAGUGGGCCUUGAAGGUCUACAGACAACACCAGCACUAACAGCAGGACUGAAGACCUUAUUUUUUCUUGUGUAUGUGCAGUACGUGCUUGAAGGUCACAUAAUUGCCAUUGCUGACAUUGUUGUCUGAUUUUCCUGGUUCAAAUGAAUGAACUUAUUCUUUGUAUUAAUUAACUACAUCUUAUUUUGUGGCCAAUUUAGCUGUUUGUAUGUAUUUUGUAUUUUCUUAGGAGAAUAUGUGUUCAUCAUUACAAAUCAUUGGUGACUGAGCUAAAUCAGAUAAAUAAAAUCAAGAUAUAUUUAACUGCUUAUAAUCAUCUUCUUCAUAUUGUUACUGAUUAUUCUGUAUACAGUAUUUUACUUUCUGACAAGACAUUGCUCUUCAUUUUAAAUUGUUGGUCUCCUGACAGUUCACUGACAUAACGCAUCACUCAAAUCAAAGUACAAUUAUCUUACAUACAAAUACAUGCGUGUAGUAAUUAAUAGUGUAAAAGUACGUAUUGCUAAAAUAACAUUGGUAAUCCUAUAAAUAACCACACUGUAGUCAUGUUUCAGCCGAACUGUCUAACCUUGAUUAUUAUCACAGGCGUCAUUCAGCCUGUUGAAAGAGAGAAAUUAUAGUUUGGUAUCAUUGUGUUCACCACACUGAAUAUAGACAAUAGGGAACUAAGGAAAGAGACACCUGAGAGACUCCGAAAGUGUGUGUGUGUGUGUAUUGUCAGGAUUUCACUCUCACAGACACUGAACAGGAUUGUUUUGCAAAAUUCUGAUGGAAACUGUUGUUUUUUUCCAAAUCUACAAGUUGCACAAUGUACCAAAGAGAGUCAUGUUUGUAUUCCUGUAAUAGCUAGUUCUCUUGGGCAUGAGGUAAUGGGUAAAACAUGAGGCAUUACAGUCUUGCAUAAGUUGAACAAGUCAUCUUAAUGUUUUAAAUAUUUUGUCUCUCUCUGAAAUCAUGUACAAUAACCUACCAGGAGCCUGUCUACAUGAUCUACUUCGCAUACAAGGGGGUUACCUUUUUGUCAAACUGUUGCAUUCAGUACAUCUUUUCUUUUUUGAAUAGAAAUAAUAACAGGUUGAUUGGUUCCCAAAAUAAAAAAUGAUCAAAAUGCGAAAGUUAAAGAGGCUCUGAAUGUCGAUCACCAUAAUAACAGCAAGUAUAUAAUGGAAGGGGAAAUCACGUCCGUGUCACAUAAAGUUACUUUAUGCACACUGAGUAAUUUUGCAGUUGACUUUCAUCAAUGUUUAGAAACAUAAUUAGUAGAUUAGAUACAGUA